AUGGGGAUUCAUUUUAUGGGGCCGUUUUCGGUGUCUUUAGGAAAGCAAUAUAUUUUGGUAUGUGUGGAUUACGUCUCCAAACGGGUAGAGGUAGAGGCCUUACCCACAAAUGAUGCCAAAGUAGUGUUGGAGUGUCUCAAGCGACUAAUGAAUCAGUUUGGCACUCCGAGGGCCAUAAUAAGCGAUGGUGGAUCUCAUUUUUGCAAUAGGAAAUUUGAUGCCUUAAUGAAGAAGUACAAUGUCUACCACCGCAUCGCUACUCCAUAUCACCCACAGACGAGUGGGCAAGUGGAAGUAUCAAAUCAUGAGUUGAAGCGAAUUCUGGAGAAAACAGUGAAUGGCACAAGAAAAGAUUGGUCACUAAAGUUAGACGAUGCGUUAUGGGCAUACCGUACGGCUUUUAAAACACCUCUCGGAAUAUCUCCAUUUCGCAUAGUCUAUGGGAAAGCGUACCAUCUUCCAGUUGAACUCGAACAUCGUGCAUAUUGGGCGAUAAAGAAGCUAAAUUUUGAUUUGAAAGAUGUGGGCGAAAAGCGAAUGCUUCAUUUAAAUGAAUUAGACGAGUUUCGAUUCAUGGCUUACGAAAAGCUUUACAAAGACAAAACAAAAAGAUGGCACGAUGUUCACAUAAACCCUAAGGACUCAUCCAAGGAGGAUUCGGAUGAGGAACCCGAUAAGGAGGAGGAAAACGAGGAGGAGGAAAAUAAGGAGGCGGAAAAUGAGGAGGAGGAAAAUGAGGAAGAGGAAAAUAAGGAGAAAGAAGAAGAGGUUGUGGCUUUGGAGGAAGUGGUUCCCGAUACUAUGGCAAGCGUGGCCGCCAUUGAUUUGUCAUUUAAUCUCGUGGUGUCGGGGAUGAUUUCUUCUCCCUACUACACUUCCACCACAAAUGGAAGCGCUUCCUUGGUGCACUCUCCCGGCACCUUUACCAAUCCUAUUGUCGUUUCCGACACUAAUGAAAUUACUAGGAGAAGGGUGCAACGUCAACUCUUCAAGGAAGAAGAGGCAAUAGAGAAUGCAUGGUCCAUGGAGUAUCGUGAGGAGGUGGCGUGCUCUAAUGAAAUGGAGAAUUUGGGUGGGAAUUGGUUCGUGGGAAGGGUCGCCCUAGAAUUGUGA